GUCAGUUUUUCGUCAUAGGUUGUCAAAAAAGUAAAUAAAUAAAUGUAAUAUUUCCUUCAGACUAUGGCUUUAACAAAUAUUUUGCUUCUCAGCCAAAUUGCUGGCUAUGUCAUAGCUUUUAUUUUAUCAGUAUGCAUUGUUGUUCCGAUGAGUUGGCAUCAAGAUGAUUUUAAGGGACAUUGUUUACUUUUCUCGACCGGAGAAUGGCAAGAAGCGGAUGGACAACUUUCUGUGCAUUGGGCUUCACAAUGCUACUGUAACUAUACUAUCUUUGUUGGUAUUUUACUACUGCUAGUAUCAGGUAUUCAGAUUUACAGGUUAUCCGUAUUUCUCUACAAAGGAACAGACAGUAGCUUUUUAUCAGCUUUUAUUGAUGUUCUUUCUGGAAUAAUGCUUGCUGGUAUGACCAUUAUUGCUGCUCUUAUGAUAACUUUUGGUUUCAUGGCUUGGUGUCAAAUAAUGACAGAAAGAUUCCCAUCUUGUGAACUAGCAGCAGGACAAGAUAUUGACCAUGCUGAUAAGAUCAAUACAGCUAAUUUCUAUAUUCAAAUGGGCACGGCACAGUUUGGUAUAUGGGGUUCUUUUGCCACAUGGGUAGGAUUAUCAGUUUGUGCUUUAUUAAAGCUUUGCAGAUACCAUCAAUUAGAAAACAUACGAGUGUCUAUGUACCGCGAAAGACAACGUCUUAUCAAUGAGAAUGCGGAUUCACCUGGUAGUAGUCUAGGAAGGGAAUCAAUUAAUACCCAGACAACUGCUACUGCUGAGUGAUUAGUUGAUAAUGUUUUUAGGUAUCCAUAUUUAUUCAUAUGUGCUAUUAUCCAUUUAUCUUUAUUCUUGCAUAGAAGUAUCAUACAAUUUAUUAGUGAAAGUUGAUAUAAAUAUUAUUAUAUAAAUAUUACUUUAAAUAUAUAUUUUAUUUUUAGUGAUGAUAUGUUAUUGAUACGAUUUUUUUUUCAAAAAGUAUCAAUAAAUUUGUGAACAAUAUCAUGAUCUUUUUGUUAUGUAUGUUUAUUAAACUUUUUCGAUAUGUCCUGAUUAUUUUGUAGUUUUUUUUGAACAGAUCGUUAGUAUCAAGAUGAUAUUGGGUGUCUAUUGAAGGCAUUACAACUAAGAGACUAAAUUGUUUAGAUUGUUAUGGAUUAAAUCAUUAUUUCCGCUUAAGAUACUUAGUUUGGAUUAAUGUGUGUUUUUUUAAGUGUAAAUAUUCAUUUAAAAAAAUGUAAUUCAAUUUCCGAUGACAUUUUUACAGUAAAUCCUGCAUUUUUGAAAUAACUGUGAAAAAUAAUAUGGUGCAUCACAAGAUUCCACAGAAAAUAUUCAGUCAAUAGUGCCAGGGUAAGUAAGCAUAGGGAUUCUCGGAAGCUUAGAAAAAAAAAAAAAAAGAUGAGGCUCAAUCUCGUAGAAAUGCCACAGUAGACCCAAUACUGCUGACAAAAUCAUGUUUUGAAGAAAAUUCGCUUCCGAAGUAUGCUGACGUGCUUGCUUACUGGAAAAACUGUUCCCCGAAUAUGGAACCACUCAACUCAAUUGCCAAAAGGACCUUUGCGUACCUGGCUCCUCAGUACCUUCAGAAAGAGUUUUUUCGCAGUCCGGCGAAACUGUAUGCGAGCGUAGGAAAUAUGCAAAUUUUUAUAAAAUCAAAUUUGUGUUAGAAUAAUAAUUUUUUUAGUAAUCAAUUUUAGUUGCUUUGUAAAGUUUUCUUUGAUCCAAAAAAAUUAUUUUAAAUUGUAUUUCUUUUAUUAUGUUUCUCAGAAUAAAUAUUAUUAUUCAAG